CCUUGAAGCUCCAAGAGCGAACAACUACUUCCAAACAAGCACAAAAAUAAGAAUGAGUCCCAGCAUUUCUACUGAGGCCACUCAGCCUCCAGCUGCCCGGUCCACUGUGGCCCAGAGGAAACAAGCUCACGAACUGAGAAAGACGCUCAAACCCUUGUUGGAGAAGAGAAGGCGCGCUCGCAUCAACGACAGUCUCGGUCACCUGAAAAGUCUGAUUCUGCCUCUUGUGGGCAAAGACAACGCUCGCUACUCCAAACUGGAGAAAGCUGACAUUCUGGAAAUGACUGUGCGCUUCCUCAGAGAUCUCCCAUCCACACCCGCUAAAGACGCAACAGACAGCUACAGAGAAGGCUACAAAGCCUGCCUGCAGCGCGUGUCCGCCCUGCUCCCGCAAACAAACCUGGAUCAGGAGGCAUGCCAGCGCGUCAACGACUUCGUCCAGAGAUCCAUGUCCUCCACAGUCACCCCUGCGUGUCUGAACUGCUGCGCCCAGACCUCCAGAACCUUCCCUCAGAUCCAGCAAAGACUCAUAACCCUCAAGUCUAGCCUGAGCUCCAGACUGGAGCUCCAGUCUCGGGGCGGCAGUAGUGCCGUGGCGCCGGCAAGAGCGCAGCCAGUGCCACAGGCGGUCACUGACGCCAUGUGGAGACCCUGGUAGCCGAGAAAGACUCACCCUCUGUGUUAUUUAUUUCGUCAUGUAAUUUAACCACUUUGUAUUCCAAUUGAUUUCGACGAAGAAUAUUUGGAAUAGUUGCUUUGAUUCAGCAUUUAGCUCAUUUUGCGCACAGAUCUUUAUGAAACUGUCAGAGCUUUUAAAACGCAAUCCUCUUUGGGGUUUCAAAGACAUGGGUUGUA